UGAGGCAGGCACGACAGGCUGCGAGGACGCGUGAACCUCAAAGCUCUUUGAGCAGACAGUUCAACGAUACCUCACCAAACCUCAGAAAUCCACGACAACAACCUUUACACACCCUUUCUAACCUCACAUCUCCACCUCUUAGAUUUGGAGUCAAGAUGUCUGCCAUGUUCAGCCAAAAUUCGUUGAUGAACGGCCCAAACUACUCCUUCAACCAAGCUCCAUCAGCCGCUGCUGGCAACAAACAGCACGGUUUCUAUCCUUAUACUGACAAUGGCGGCUCCACCCUCGCGAUCUCCGGCGCAGACUUCACCAUCAUGGCAGGCGACACUCGAUCCACAUCCGGCUACAACAUCAACACCCGCUACGCCCCGAAAGUCUUCAAGAUCGGCGGAACGACCUCAUCUCAAGACGAUGCCACGCUGGUUCUCUCCGUAGUAGGAUUUGCUGCAGAUGGGGAGGCUUUGAAGGAGCGCCUGGAUGCCAUAGUCAAGAUGUACAGAUACCAACACGGAAAGCCCAUGAGUGUCAAGGCCUGCGCACAGAGAUUAUCCACCAUCCUAUACGGCAAGCGCUUCUUCCCAUACUACGUCACAGCUAUUCUGGGUGGUCUAGAUGAGGAGGGCAAGGGUGCGGUAUACUCAUAUGAUCCGGUUGGCAGUUAUGAGCGGGAGCAGUGCAGAGCAGCAGGUGCGGCAGCAAGCUUGAUCAUGCCAUUCUUGGACAAUCAGGUCAACUUCAAAAACCAGUACAUGCCGGGCAGUGGGGUCGGGCAUGCGUUGCAGGAGAGAGAGAAGAUCCCAUUACCGAGGAGCGAGGUCGAGGACUUGGUCAAAGAUGCAUUUGAUAGUGCUGUAGAGAGACAUAUCGAGGUUGGCGAUGGUCUACAAAUGUUGAUCAUCACAAGCAAAGGUAUUGAGGAGAUCUACAAGCCGCUCAAGCGGGAUUAGAUGGGUUGGGCAUGGUAUGGCGCGUCUGGUUGGUUGUACAUUAGCAUGGAAUUUGAGCAAGCAGCUUUGACCGAGA